AGUAGUUUUAGGGGGUUGUACAGCAGGGAGAGGAGGUUGAACAGUUGUUAGUGGGGCUGCAGAAGACACAGAAGGGAGAAGGGGAUGGUAUUUGCCUGAGGAGAGCAGUGGGGGCUGAACAGAAAUCAGACUGAGAGCAGACAUAGUUGAAGAUAUAGCACAGCACAGAGAGACGAGAUAGUAGAGCAGGGACAACAGAAAGGUACAAAAGCAGAACUUUAGGAUUUUCUACACAGCAUACAAUAUACAUUAGGUAUGAAUGGCAUAGCACAGUGUAUAAAGAAGAUUUAUUCUGCACAGAGUAUACAGUAGGUAAAUGCUGUAAAUCGCAGAGUAUAAAGUAGUUAAGGGCUGCAGAAAGCAUACAGUAGAUAAAGGCUACACAGCACAGAGUAUACAGUAGGUAAAUGCUGUAAAUCACAGAGUAUAAAGUAGUAAAGGGCUGCAGAGAGCAUACAGUAGAUAAAGGCUGCGCAGCACAGAGUAUACAGUAGGCAGGGGCUGCAGAGAAAAGAUUGUACAGUAGGAAGAGGCUGCACAGAGUAUUGGAAAGAUGGGGACUGCACACUGGAGCAUAUACUAAAAACCUUAUUGUACCUUCAGCACAUCAAACUCAAGCAGCCUGGUGUCUUGGAGAUGAGGAUCUGAAGAUUAUUUUUUGGGACACAACAGAGACUUUUACAGUGAAAGAAGCUUAGGAAGUGGAAAAUGUUUCCAUCAGGAUAUGGCACUCCUUAUAUAAUAUCACUGACAAUACACAGUAAACCUGAGAGCCUUGGACCUGUGUUCAGUCCUCUGUCUGUGAUCCAAUGAAAAUCUAAUCUAAAAGACCAUGGAGAAUAUAUCAUGGUUUGGUGCCCCCAACUCUUCCUGCCACCCCACAGGAAAUUUUUGCCAACCCAACAUGACACUUCCCAGCAGCCAAGAGAUGUCCCCUGACUUCUACAUCAUCCUCCCUAUCAUCUACACUGUCAUCUGCGUUGUGGGGUUGACAGGAAACACCGCCGUCAUCUACGUCAUCCUUAAGGCCCCCAAAAUGAAGACAGUCACAAACCUUUUCAUCCUUAACCUGGCUAUAGCCGAUGACUUGUUCACCUUGGUUCUUCCGAUCAACAUUGCAGAAAUCCUUCUCCGUUACUGGCCAUUUGGUGUUGUUCUGUGCAAAGUGAUAUUGUCCAUAGAUCUGUACAAUAUAUUCUCCAGCAUCUAUUUCCUGACUGUUAUGAGUAUUGAUCGGUAUUUAGUAGUCCUGGCCACUGUGAGGUCCAAAAGGAUGCCUUAUCGCACGUAUCGAGCUGCCAAAGUCAUCAGCCUUCUGGUGUGGCUGCUGGUCAUAGUAAUUGUUUUGCCUUUUACCAUAUUUGCCGGAGUCUACAUAGAUGACAUGGACUUUAAAAGUUGUGGCUUGAAUUUCCCCAAACCAGAGAAGUUGUGGUUUAAAGCAAGUCGCAUCUACACGUUGCUAUUGGGCUUUGCCAUCCCUGUAUCCACAAUCUGCAUCCUCUACAUGGUCAUGUUGUACAAACUACGCAAUAUGAGGCUGAACUCAAAUGCUAAAGCAUUGGACAAGGCAAAGAAAAGGGUCACUGUCAUGGUCUUUGUUGUGGUUGCUGUUUGCCUAUUCUGUUGGACUCCCUUUCAUUUGGCCACCAUUGUCUCUUUGACCACAGACUUACAGGAGACAUCUCUAGUCAUUGGCAUCUCAUACUUUAUCACCAGCUUAAGUUAUGCCAAUUCUUGCCUCAACCCAUUCCUUUAUGCCUUUUUGGAUGACAGCUUUAGAAAGAGUUUUCGGAAACUGUUGGAGUGCAAGCCAGCCUGAAUACAGUUUCGGUUAUGGACAUCCAUAAAAUCGCAUUGUUCUGUGUGUUGGUUCUGGAUCUACUACAUUAUCUUCAGACAAUGGGAUUACUCCAUUUGGGAACUGGAAAGUCAAUAUAAAUCAAUAUAACAACAUUGGUCAUUCCCAACUUCUUGUGUAAUUUAAGGUGAUAUAACGUGGUUAGAGAGUGUUGACCAGUUUAUAUGCUGUGAAUACAUCUCAGGUCAUAAGACUUGCUAGGUAUAUAUAGGACAUGUGCAAUACACUCAAGGUAUUUAUUAGACUCCUCUAGAUUUAUUCCUCCAGCCAUUCUCAGCAAUUGGUUCGUAGUGUAGUAUCUGUUGUCAUAAACUAUGUCAAUAUGUUCAUUACUAUGGAAACUCUUUCCAAAAUGUUUAUGGCAUUACUCAACUGAGGAUGCUGGGAAGUUGGUUCUUCACCUUCUCCAUUUUAAUAGCGAUGAUUAGUUCAUUCAUUUUUGAGGUAGAGCUAAUGUUUCUCGUGUGUUUUCAAGGUAUUCUGAGCUAUGAUGUUUAUAUAGACUUAGGAGCUCCCAAUAAACAGCCAGAGUGAA